CCAAAUAAUUAACAUUUCUCUCUCUCUCUCAAGGCAUCAAUUCUCCCAUCUGAAGUAGUGAAGUGAGAGAAUGAACACUCUUCUCCUGGCCAUAAUGUUCCACUCCAUUGUGACAUCAGCCAUGGAAACCCCAUGCAAGAAAAGCUGCGGCUCAAUCCAAAUCAAGUACCCUUUUGGCUCCGGCCGCGGCUGCGGGUCCCCUCGAUUCCACCCCUACGUGGCGUGCUCCGCCGCCACCAACCAGCUCCUCCUGACCACCCACACGGGCACCUACCCCAUCACCUCCGUCGACUACUCCGGCGGCGUGAUCACCGUCGCCCCGCCGUGCAUGUCCAACUGCACCGACAUGCAGCCCACCUCCACCAGCUUCGGGCUGGACUGGGCGGGGCCCUUCCAGCUGGGCCCCUCCACCUUCAUCCUCUUAGGCUGCUCCUCCUCCACUUCCUCCGUCGCCCUCAGGGGCACCUUCAUCUGCGACGCCUCGUCUGCCUACCUCUGCGCCACCAUCUACUCGUGCCCCGCCGUCGUGGCGCUCGGGCUGCCGCUCUUCCCGCCCACCAACACCUGCUGCGUCUACUCGCCGGCGAAUCUGGGCCCCAGGGAUGAGCUCGAUCUCGCGGAGCUGCAAUGCGCCGCCUACAGCUCCGUGGCGGCGCUGGGCGAUGUGCCCACGGAUCCGGCGCGGUGGCAGUACGGGGUGGCGCUCAAGUAUACGUUGGGGGGGCUGGACGAUUACAAUAUGGCGCCCAGCUGCCAUGGCUGUGAGCUGAGCGGCGGCGUUUGUGGGUACGCGCCGCCGAGGAAUUCGUUCGUGUGUGUGUGUGGGUCUGGGAAUACCACCACGGAUUGCAAUGCCUAUAACUGGAUAUAUAUGAGCUCAAGUUUCCAACUACGUGGACUCUUUUGGCUGGGAAUAAUUCUUGGAAUCGCAGUUUCGUUGGUGGUGAUGUGAGAGAAUGUGGAGAGAGGAAGAGAAAGAGACAGAGAAAUUCUUUUUUUUCAUCUCGAAA